AGACACGUGGGAACAGAAACAAGAUGGCUAGAGAAACGCCCUUAGGAAGCGAGAUUAAGAACAUAGGUAUAAAAAGGAAUUUAUAACCUUAUAUGUGAGCCAUUCGUUCAGCCUAACAAUUCGUCCUGCCACCCAUCAACUUGUGGUUCGGAAUGCCCUCAAUUCUAUAUUUGCCCGCUGUACUGGCAGCUGCUACUAGCGUCGUAAACGCUUCUCCCACAACAAAAUCUCCCGGUGUCAACACGACAAUUUGCAAUAAAUUGACAUAUGUGUAUGAAGAAUUAGCUGGUUAUGGAUACUUAGCCAGCGAUUUUCGGGAUCGUUACGGUGACAGCGUCAGUCUGGGGUCUUCCAUCGCUAUAGAUAAAAGUACAUGGUCUCGAAGAGGAAAUGUUUACGAAGGCCUUAUGUACGCCCUACCAGACCGCGGGUGGAACACUAAUGGCACCAUCAACUUCCAAGGCCGUAUUUACAAGUUGUGGCUAACGCUUACCUUGGACGAAAAUGCAUCCGUCGAGAACCCUUCUGGGCCAAAUCUGGAUAUUAAGUAUCUCGAUAGCCUUCUGCUACACGAUAUCUAUGGCCAGCAUAUGACUGGCCUAGAUGCGGACGCAACCGGUCCUUACUUGGCUUAUCCGGAAAUAUUCCCAUUUCCGAAAUUCCCAGAGGUUCCCUCUGCAAAGUACUCCGGGGAUGGAUUUGGAGGUACUGGUCCUGGUGGGUUCCAUAUGUCACUAGAUUCUGAAGGUCUCGUUCUUGGAGUAGAUGGCACUUUCUGGGUGAGUGACGAAUAUGGGCCCUAUAUCUAUCAGUUCUCUGCAGAUGGACUGCUCUUGCAAACCAUUGAGCCUCCCGCAGCGUUCGUGCCCAUGCGCAACAAUUCUGUCAGCUUCAGUGCCGACUCUCCACCAAUCUAUGACCUUAACAUGAAGAUUACUCCAUCUGAUAACCCAACAGGAAGAGAUAACAAUCAGGGCUUCGAGGGCCUCACGGUUUCAUCUGACGGCACCAAGUUGUUCGCUCUUACACAAUCAGCCCUCAACCAGGAUGGCGGGUUGAAAAAGAUGAAUAGACGCUAUGCUCGAUUGGUGGAGUAUGAUCUCAGUUCGACUAAAAUAGCUCCUACGUAUGUCGCUGAGUAUGUGGUUCCAUUACCACUGUACGAUGGCGAUUCUCAAGUUGCCGCCCAAUCUGAAAUUCACUACAUUUCAGAUAAGCAGUUUCUUGUGCUAGCUCGCGACAGGAACGCUGGCCAUGGACAAAAAUCUUCUGAAAGCGUUUAUAGAAAUGUCGAUAUUUUUGAUAUUUCAUCAGCUACUAACAUCAAGUCUGCACUAUAUGAUGCGCACAAUGGUACCAUCUCGCCGGAUGGUGUUUUGAAUCCGAAAAUUACACCAGCUCAGUACUGUACAUGGCUAGAUUUCAACGUCAACAGUCAAUUAAAUAGAUUCGGCGUACACAACGGCGGUGAUCAAAAUGAGACUCUCUUAAACGAGAAAUGGGAGAGCCUCGCCCUGCUUCCGGUAGACCUGCACGGCAAGAACGAAAAAGACGAGUAUUUUCUUUUCUCUUUCAGCGAUAAUGAUUUCAUUACGCAGAAUGGAUAUAUGAAUUUCGGCCGUUAUCCUUAUUCUGACGCCAGUGGCUAUAACGUGGACAAUCAGGCAUUGGUGUUCAAGGUCAGACUGCCCAAGGGGACAAAUCCCCUUGUCUAG